AUGCUUUCAACACAUUCAACAGCUCUUAGUUCAGACUCUAUUUUAGAGAAUGAGCCUCUGGGGGUAGCUACUAUAGAACGAUCGGAUGACAGUAAAUUGGAGAUCAAAGAAAAGACUGAAGUUGUCAAGUCAACGAAUGACCCAAGCAUUUUCGAAAUCAAUGAAAAGAUUGAAGUCAGUCAGAUGGCAAACAUGUUCCUUGGAAAAAUUGGUGUCAUUAUAUGUUACUUGUGUAUGGAUAUUUAUUUAUUCGGAGAUCUUGCUAUAUAUUCUACAACAGUACCAAAAUCAUUGAUGAGCAUUAUAUGGUAG